GCCAUGAUGAAUUAAGAAAAUUCAUGCCUUUACAAUAUUUUGAUGAUGAUGAUGCAUUAGCCAUUGAAUUUAGAAAUCAGGGAAACAAAUCUGCAAAUCCUAGCUACAUGCAACAAGACCCACCAAAGGUUGAUCAACCUACCAUCAUGCAGCCCAAACAAGCUUGCCCAAGCAAUUUUGAUAGUGCUAACUCAAGCGUUGAUGCUUUCAAUGUCGCACACGGAGAGGGAGAUGCAAACCCAUCAAUUGCUAGAACUUCUAAUGCAAGCCAUGCGGCCAUCUCCACUAAAGAUGAGCCAAAAUCCUUUUCUAAGGCUAUCCAAGAUCCCAAAUGGAGACAAGCGAUGAAAGCCGAAAUUGAUGCUCUCAAGAAAAAUAAUACUUGGACUUUGGAGAUGCUUCCUCCUGCCAAAAGACCUAUAGGUUGCAAAUGGGUCUAUAAAAUCAAAUAUAAUACUAAUGGGACAAUUGAAAGAUAUAAGGCACGUCUUGUCGCAAAGGGAUUCACCCAAGUUGAAGGCAUAGAUUACCAUGAUACCUUUGCCCCUGUUGCUAAGCUAGUUACCGUUCGAUGCUUACUAGCUAUCACCACUGCUCAUAAUUGGGAGUUACAUCAAUUGGAUGUUCAAAAUACCUUUCUCCAUGGAGAUCUUAAUGAAAAAGUUUAUAUGCAACUACCUCCAGGCUAUAGGAAUAAAGGAAACCAACAUGUUAGUCGCCUAAGGAAGUCCUUAUAUGGACUCAAGCAAGCAUCAAGAAAUUGGUUUGCCAAAUUUGCUUCAGCUUUAAAACUUUUUGGUUUUCAACAAUCUAUGAGUGAUUAUUCACUUUUCACUUAUCGGCGACAGAAUAAUUUCCUCGCCAUACUAGUUUACGUUGAUGAUUUGAUUAUUGUAGGUAUUGAAGUGGCUCGGCAUCCCUCUAGAAUUUUCCUUUGUCAACAAAAAUAUACACUUCACAUCCUUACUGAAACUGGAAUGCUUGGAACCAAGCCAUGCCCUUUUCCUAUGGAGCAGAAGCUUAAACUCACUCCUAGUACUGGUUCCCCUCUAUCUGAUCCUAUGAAAUACAGGAGACUAGUUGGAAAGCCAAUAUAUUUGACUAUAACACGCCUUGAAAUUUCAUAUGUUGUCCAUACUCUUAGCCAAUUUAUGCAAGCUCCUCGACAACCUCAUCUAGAUGCAGCAAUGCGGGUUUUGCGAUACUUAAAAUCCUUACCUGGGCAAGGGAUUUUCCUCUCUUCGUCAAGUUCUUUACAACUUUUAGCCUAUUGUGAUUUUGAUUGUGCUAGUUGCCCCACAACAAGGAGAUCUACAAUUGGCUACCUCACUUUGCUUGGUAACUCACCUAUAUCGUGGAAAACCAAAAAACAAUCCACGAUCUCAAGAUCAUCAGUUGAAGCUGAAUAUAGAGCUAUGGCUUCCACUGUUAGUGAACUCCUAUGGCUCAAAGGCUUGCUCAAGACAUUAGGAGUUGAUACUUCUCAACCAAUGCAAUUACAUUGUGACAAUCAAGCAGCUAUUCACAUAGCCACAAAUCUAGUCUUUCAUGAACGCACAAAACACAUUGAACUUGAUUGUCAUUUUAUUCGUCAUUGAAUUCAAGUUGGUGUUAUUAAGACUUCUCAUGUUCACUCCAACCUACAAGUGGCUAAUAUAUUUACAAAGGCAUU